AUGUACUCGACCUUCUUUUUUUUUUUUUUUUUUUUUUCUCUCUCUGAUAAAACCAAGAUGAGUUUAACAAGCCAUGUUUCGCCAAUAUCUGCUGUUCAGUUUGAUCAUUCAGAGGAAAAAGUUGCAUCAGGAACACGAUCAGGCACCUUUAAGUUAUGGGACCUUGAAACAGAAAAAGUUCAAAAAACUUUAUCUGGUCAUCGAGCAGGAAUUAAGAGUUUAGCUUUCCUUCCAACUGGAGAUUUUAUAGCUUCUGCCUCUAUAGACUCCAGUAUAAAGUUAUGGGAUAUCAGACGAAAAGGUUGUAUAUAUACAUACAAGGGUCAUCAUGGCGCUGUCAAUCAUUUACAGUUCAGUCCUGAUGGUGGUUGGGUUGCUUCAGCAGGAGAGGACGGGAUUGUCAAGCUGUGGGAUUUAAAAGCUGGCAAAUUAUUAAGAGAUUUAACAGGGCAUAAAUAUGGAGUAAAUGUGAUUGAUUUCCACCCUGGGGAACUCUUACUGGCAUCUGGAAGCUGUGAUAGGACUGUCAAGUUCUGGGACUUAGAAACAUUCCAGUUGGUUAGCUCAACACCAGAAAUCUCUCAUGAAAUUGAUAAUAUCUUAUUCCAUCCGUCUGGAUCCUGUCUGUUCGCAGCCAGUGCCAACAUGUUACGUGUCUAUGGCUGGGAACCUACUCAUUGCUAUGAUGAAAUUAGAACAAACUGGGGAAACAUUGCUUCCAUGUGUUUCACAAGUACACAGCUUCUCGCAGCCUCACACAUGGAAACUUUUGUCUUUCCUUAUCUUAUUAUCCUACAGAGAGUCAAACCUAUUAAAGAGGUGCUGCACAGAGAACAAAAGAAUAAUAAUACCAGAGUAACAGAUCAUUUUAUUGAGCGCCCUCCAACAAAAUCAACUCGACAAAUCAGUUCUCCUUAUCGAGAGCAUAAAAGACCAGGUGCUUCCAUACUUUCUUCUGAUUCUACUAAUAAGGAUCCUGGACCUAUAGAAGCCCCUUCAAAAGACUCUGACCUAGCACCCCAUCAUGUUAUGCCAAAGCCUGUUGAGCACGACCGUAGAACAGAAAACCACAAAAAGUUAGACAGUCCAAAUGAUCAUAGUGAUUUGUCUAAACACAAGCACAAUAACAUUUCUCCAAAUAACAGAGAACCUUUAAGACCUCAAGGUAGUCCUUCUUCUCAUCCUAAGUUGGUACCAGGAGUGAAAACACAAAAAUUGUUAAUUGAUGAACUAGAACUUGAAAUUUUCAACCAAAUAGAAAAAGGCCAUACAGCAGUUAUUGAUGAAUUGCAACAGCGGAAUGAAAAUUUAUUGAAAAUUGAAGACAAAUGGAAAUAUGAUAAUGUCCGAUCAGCUGUUAAAUUUUGUGUUGACUUGAGCGACCCUUCUCUUGUGGUAGAUAUGCUGAGUGUUUUAAAUGUGAAAAAAGAUUUAUGGAAUUUAGAUCUGUGUAUGAUCCUCUGCCCAAAGCUGUUAGAUCUUAUCACCAGUCCGCACAGACGGUACAUUGAAACUGGAUGUUGUACUUUGAAGCUAAUAUUGAAAACAUUUGGGCAUUUAUUAAAAUCAAGUAUUUCUCCUCCAGGAGGAAUUGGUGUUGACAUAUCUGCAGAAGAAAGAAUGUACAAGUGCAAAGUAAUCAACAAACAUCUGGGCCAGAUCAAGCAGACAAUAGAGAAUCUACAGAAAGAAUCAGGAAAAAUAGACGAUGGUUUGAAGGAAGUUUUUAUUUUAAUGGAAACCUUGUGA